AUGACAUCCUUUGCGGCCGAGUCAUGGGUCUGGUACGGCUUUACAUUGGCUAUGGUCCUGGCGCGAAUGACAUCGCGAAUAUUGCAUUUCAAAUCUAUUCUACGCCUUGAGAUAGAAGAUUGGUUAAUGGUCUUUUUGACUUGUCUAUACACAAUUCUGAUUGUGUUUCUCAACAUCGACUUGAAAGUCAGCACCAAUCUUAUCGAUCCGGCCCAUCCAGUCGAUUUGAACCCUCAUGAAAUCGAUGCGAGAACCUGGGGUAGUAAAACGAUCCUCCUUGUUGAGCAAUGCAUGUGCGCUGUGCAAUGGGGCACUAAGGCAUGCCUCCUGUUGCUAUACUGGCGACUCACCCAGAAUUUGAAACAGAGCAUGAUUGUCAAAUACGCCGCAAUAUAUGUGGCAUGCACUUAUAUCAUUAUGGAAAUUCUGUAUUUUGCGGUCUGGUGUCGACCCUUUCACGAUUAUUGGCAAACACCGACGGACAACAAGCAAUGCACCACAGCACUCAAUCAUCUGAUUACCAACCUGGUGUUCAACCUUACGAGCGACGUGCUAAUCAUGUCGAUCCCGCUGCCACUUCUCAUACGGGCCCAACUCGAAUUCAAGAAGAAACUACUCCUCAUCUUCCCAUUCAGCUUGGGUUUGUUUACUAUGCUGUGUGCCAUUUUGAGCAAACAAAAGAGUUUCACUCAGCCAUAUAGCUCUUAUUGGGUCUACUGGUAUUGCCGAGAAGCCAGUACCGCCAUGAUCGUCACCAACAUGCCAUACAGUUGGGCUUUGAUACGCAGAAUAUUCAAACUCCGGUCAUUCUUUGGGGAUUCGACAGCAGCAGCUAACCAAGCUGGACACGGUGGCCAGCUCAAUGGCUACAGCGUGGGAGCAGUCGCCCUCAGCAGCGGCCCAAGAUCACGUUCAGCGAGCAAAGCAGAUGGCUCCGGCGGGAAGUUCUCUUUACACAGAUUGAAACCCCGCAGUGGACAACACGAUGGGGUGAAGUCCUACGAGGGUGGCCACGAUGCAUUCAGGCCGGCCGAGGAUAAAGACAUUGACGUCCACACUGUGGCUGCUUCGAUCACGACCAGUAGCGAUGGAUCUAUGAAGCGACAAUCAGCAUCGCAACCGACACAACCAUCUGACAUGACGCUCGACCGUCUAUACCCUCUGGACGACAUCGAGGCUGGAACACAAAAGAUAACACGAAAAAAUUAUGGGUUGGAUGAUUGA